UAUCAAGUUGUUAAAUAAAAUUUAAUUGCUGCUUGAUUUUAUCACACAUUACUGGUACUGAUAAAAACAGAAAUUUAAUACGAAAAAAAAGGACAUUAGUCAUUAGUAGUUUGAUCAUUCAAUAUCGACCGAUUUUUAUGUCAUUAAACCUCGAGGAAUAACUUAUUUUCUAUCAACUAAAGACGUUUCAGACAUGAACAAGUUAUGGGUGAACUGGCUCUUACUUUUUAUUUCAAUGGCAACAACCGAAAAAUCGAACGAUACAAUAGGAAAUCUAACUGGCAACGAAUUAAAUUGUACGACCCGUGCAUGUGUGAAGGAUAAUUUGGAAUUCGAAUUGACUAUGUUAGAAAAUAUCAACCCGAGUGUAGACCCUUGUGAUAAUUUUUAUGAAUUCGCUUGUGGAAAUUUCCACAAUGUUCCUGAUGACAUUGUUCAGGAUACACAACACAAGGAAUUUCAUCAUGUAUUCGACGAUAUGUUUCUGAAAAUGGGUUACAUAAUAAAAAAAAGCCUUUCUUUGGAGUCAUUCAAACCGUUCAACUUCCUAAGAGAUUUCUUAAUAUCUUGUGAAAGAUUGAACCGUAAUAAUAAUGCUUCCUACCCCGGAAUUAAAAGAGACGAUCUGGAUUAUUUGAAAGAAAUUAUUUCAAAAUUAGGUGGUUGGCCAGUUGUAGAAGGCCAUAAAUGGAACGAAACAAAUGACAACUGGACUAAUUUCAUGGAUGAAGCAAAUAACACUGAUUUUAUUAAUUAUCAUUUCCAUGGGUUACGUAGUCGAUCAAUUAAUAACCUCUCGAUAGUAUCCGUAAGUAUCAAUCACCACUGGAUUAAAGGAAAACGUUAGCCCUUGUUUUCAUUU